AUGGAUCCACACAACCUCCAAAAACAACGGGAGCCGGAAGAACCGCGUUUCCUCACCUUCCCCCACCUACCCGAUGACGCGAAGCUCGAAGAUGCCAGACCAGCGUUGAACAAAUACUCAUCUACACUGACCGCCGGUCAUAACUUUCCAGGAGCCCAGGCCAUGUUAUACGGUGCCGGUGUACCUUCGCGAGAAGCAAUGAAGACAUAUCCCCACUACAAUACCAUUGGCGUGAGCGAUGGAAUUACCAUGGGUGGAGAAGGAAUGCGCUUUUCUCUCCAGACCCGCGAGAUAAUAGCUGACAGUAUCGAAACUGUAACAUGCGCCCAACAUCACGACGCCUGCGUAGCCAUACCGGGAUGUGACAAGAACAUGCCUGGUGUCAUCAUGGCAUUCGCUCGGCAUAAUCGUCCAUCUAUAAUGGUCUAUGGUGGCUCUAUCAUGCCGGGAUAUUCGCAGACACUGAGGAAGAACAUCAAUGUAUCGACUUGCUAUGAGAGCCACGGCGCAUACAUCUACAAGAACCUGAAGAGUGCAACUGAAGGAGAGUUCUCACCGGAUGAGAUCAUGGAGGAUAUUGAGAAGAAUGCUUGUCCUGGGGCUGGAGCUUGUGGUGGCAUGUAUACAGCAAACACCAUGUCUACUUCGAUUGAAGCAAUGGGCCUUACCCUCCCCGGUUCAUCGACCACUCCCGCAACAUCCCCAGCUAAAAUGCGAGAAUGCGCCAAAGCAGCAGCCGCCAUCCGCGUCUGUAUGGAAAAAAACAUCACACCACGCAAACUCCUCACCAAAGCCUCGUUUGAAAAUGCCCUCGUAAUCAUGAUGGCCCUAGGCGGCUCCACAAACGCCGUCCUGCACCUCCUCGCCAUGGCCGGCACUGCAGGCGUACCCCUUACCCUCUCCGACUUCCAACGCGUAAGCGACAAGAUUCCCUUCCUCGCCGACCUUGCUCCAUCCGGUAAAUAUCUCGCGGCCGACCUCUUCGACAUCGGCGGCAUGCCCUCAGUAAUGAAACUACUCGUAGCCGCCAGCCUCCUCGAUGGCAGCAUCCCCACGGUAACAGGGAAAACACUCGCCGAGAACAUCGCAUCCUACCCGUCUCUCCCCCAGGACCAAGUCAUAAUUCGCCCACUUUCCAACCCUAUCAAACCCACCGGCCACAUCGAGAUCCUACACGGCAACCUUGCGCCCUCCGGUGCCGUCGCCAAGAUCACCGGAAAAGAAGGCUUGAAAUUCACUGGCAAAGCCCUCGUCUUCAACAAGGAAUACCAACUCGACCGCGCGCUAAACCUAGGACAGAUCCCCCAUGGCGAAAACGUCGUCGUAGUCGUGCGCUACGAGGGCCCUAAAGGCGGUCCGGGUAUGCCUGAACAACUCAAAGCCAGCGCUGCAAUCAUGGGCGCCAGACUCACAAAUGUAGCCCUCAUCACCGAUGGACGUUAUUCCGGUGCCAGUCAUGGCUUCAUCGUCGGACACAUCACGCCAGAGGCCGCGGUGGGAGGACCCAUUGCUGUGGUGCAAAACGGCGAUUUGAUAACCAUUGACGCGGAGAAGAAUAGGAUUGAUAUGCAUGUUGAUCAAGGGGAGAUUGAAAAGAGAUUGCAAGGGUGGAACCCACCGAGCAUGCCGGUGACGAGGGGUGUGUUGGCGAAGUAUGCUAGGCUGGUCGGAGAUGCGAGUCAUGGGGCUAUGACGGAUCUUUUCUAA